CGUAUGUUAAAUAAUAAUAAUUUAUUUGUAUGAAAAACAUACAAUAACUAGGAAUAAUUAAUUGAAAAAAAAUGCCGUUCAAAAGAAACUGGGACGCUGAAUGCCCGCGAGUUUGGGAGCAAUGGACCGUAGACGGUAAAAAGUGGGUGCUGCAAGACCUGGACCCUCGUGAUGAUGCAGAGGCCCUGGAAGUCCUGCUGGAUACUCUUACCGCUGAUGAAGCGCUCUGCGCGACAAGUCGUGUUCAAGAAGACGAGAAAAGCAUGACCAGCAUGAGGAAAUUCUGGGAGGAGUGUCUGGCUCAGAGGAUGAGUUUGGCCCUUUACACCUGGGAGGGAGACAAGAGGACAUUAGCCGCUUUGAACGUGUGUGUCGUCGCGUCUGUAGGGGAGACUGUGCCUGAUAUUGAGUCGAAUCAACAGUUAUUCCCAAUAAAUCCGGAAAAGAUAGAAGGCGAAAACUGGAAAAACGUGUUCGCAGCCUUAGAGUACAUUGAGGCGAAAAAGGAUCCACAUAAGUACUUAGGGCUGGAUACACUGUUACAUGCAUUUGGGCUUGUCGUGAAGAGAGAAUACAGAGGCUCAAAGCUUGGCGGAAGGUUACUGGCUGCAAGAGAGCCGCUAUGCAAAUUCUUCGGUGUCAAGGGAACCACAACAGUAUUCACUGGUCCAGCAUCACAGAAGCUGGCCACCAAAUGCGGCUUCGAGACCAUAGCAGAGGUGUCUAUGAAAGAAUUGAAUGAAAACGGUUUGAAAUACCCGCCAGAUGAGAAUAGGUGUAUAAAACUUAUGGUUAAGAGAUUUGAAUGAAGUGUAUUUAAUUUAGUAGGAUUAGGGUACUUUUCCACCAAUAGUGUGCGAGGAUGAGUAGCGAGAAUGUAUUUCUAAAUAACAAAUAGUAUCGCUUCACACGUUAAACGCUUCAAACUUCAAACUAAAUGAAGCAAUAUGAUUGGUUCUUUACAAACACAUUCCUCGCACAUUGUUGGUGAAAAAGCACCCUUAUACUCCACUAUGUAUAAGUUUAUCAUCGUAAGUAGGUGUACACUCUUUGUACUUGAAUGACAAUCUUGUACACAGCUCUUGCCUCUUGCAAGAGCUGUGUAAAAGAUUGUCAUUUCUCUUACGUAUAUGCGAUAUUGUUAUUUCAGUGCAGUAAAUGGGUACUGGGGUAUGUUGCAAUACUUUAGGGGUUUUGUGAAGUAUUGCAACUAUAUUUUAGAUUUUGGGAGUAGUUUUUCAUUUAAAA